AUGUCUCCCUCCUCCUCAAGGUCUUCCAGUCCCCCUCCGCUGCGUCGCCGCCACCAUCAACCACUACGUUCGGUAACCCGCUCUCAACCACCACUGCACACCAAUGACAACAACAACGACCUACCCAACGACAACAACAAUGACCUGGCACAUCAACGGACGUGCCACGUCGACCAGACGGUGAUGACGCACGUCGUUGUCACUGUCCGUGUUAUCGAGGUAUGCCACGUCGCUGACGGCGAUGUAGCCAACAACAACCAUCAUAUGACCGGCCCCAAUCAAUCCCCCCCAAUAACGACGUGGCAAUGCCAUGCCACACCACCUCCAACGAUGCCCUCAACUACAGCCAACGCCAACGGCAAAGCAGGAUUGCCCACAAACCGAGGCCACCAACCGAGGCGAAGCAGCAUCAGCCAAAUUCGACCACGACCAUCCACGCGAAGGAUGACCAACACCCAUGAACGGAAGCAGACUACGACGAGCCAAGAACCCAGGUGUCAUGUCGCUGUCAGGGACGUGGUAGCCGAACGACGAAUGUCGUUCACUGUUGUGUAUUUAAGACACGAUGUAUUUACAUGUGUUUCUGAAUACAAAAAAGUGAUUUUUCGUGUGGCAUUGAUUGGGCAGUGUGGUGUAAUAGUUCAGAAGCUAGGAUUGUGGUGGGUCAGUCGCCACCGCAAGUAUAAUGUCCCCAUCCUUGUUUGUGAGAGUGUGGCUGAGCGUGGUUUGAAUGAGAAGCGUGGUGCCACACGUGCCACACGUGAUGAUGACACCUCCUCCCUUCUCUCAUGUUCUCUCACUGAUAUGCGAUUGUCCUCCCUUGCGCGCAGAGUCCUUUUUCGGUUCGUCGCACUCGGCGCACCUACUGGGGAAGCUCUGUAUAGAAAAUACGCUGCCUUCCGCGAGGCUCUUUUGACAUCCGGUGCAAACGGUUCAUCCCUAGCCAGUGCUAUACGCUCCUUAUGCCUACGAUUUGGAAAGGGGUUCUCAAUGGGUCAAAAUGAAGAUUACGACUACCAGCUAGAGAAGGAUGCAACAUUGCCAUCUACCUUGUCCUUGAUCGUCAAUCUAAGAUCCUUGACAAUCCACAAUGGUAGUGAUGACCUCGUAACAUUUCCUACGGCUCUUCGUCCAUCUUUGCUCACCCUCUUCUCAUCCCCGAGUCUGAGGAAUCUAGAGCUUCGGGGGAUUAAAAGGAUGGACGACGUAUUUUUCCAACAUUUCACGAACCUUCAGCAUCUAAAACUGGUUGAUUCCUUCUUAAGGACAGGAAAAAACGGGGGAGAGGAUGGUGAUGGGAGGCCUUACUUGAGGAAGUGUCGGCUUGAAAUUCCUAAACGACCGCUUUGCCUCGACAUCUCUGUCUUCCCUCUACUCCGUCGCUUGUCAAUUGCUCUGGAACCAACUUAUAUAACGGGUAACAUAGGGAACACCCCGCAGGUGUUGAACCUCGCUACACCAGGUAAUGCAAUCGAAUUCAUUGAAAUUGGAAUACAACUUUCCGAGUAUCGAACAAUAGAGAGCUUCACCACGGAGCCUGGGAAGAGACACUGGAUGGAGUUGGACACCUGCCUCGCUUCCACGCAUAAAUUUAUGCACUUGCAGAAGGCAGAAAUAGUACUGUUCAUCAAAGCGACAAAGUGCCUUACUGAAGAGGAAACAGAACAGUAUCGCGAAAAACUCAUGCUUAAUUUCCCAUUGUUGUCUGAGCGGGGUUGUGGAGUGUUUUGCGUUGUGUUUUGUCGUACCGCAGACUGCAGUGCUAUAUCCGAGUCGUUACGACUGAUGUCCAUUUCUUGUGUAGGAAGCAGGAAAAUAGAACGACCGACACAAAUUGUGACUUGUAUCUUGGAGUCUAAUAGUGGUACAGUGCUUUGCCGAUGGAAAGAACGCGGCUCAUAUGCGGUGUCUGGAGGUGGCUUAUCUCGACUUCCGACUCGCCAGGUGCAAGACGACCGCCGCCAAGAUCUCAACAUCGCCUCAACGAAUAUCUGUCAAGAUCUCGACGCAUCGACAUGCGAGGUGGUUGGGCGGGCACGAGCGGAGCUUUGUAACGGCACCCACUCUAGCCCGUUUGAUGCACCAACCACGUCACCCUACAUCUAUCUGCUAUCACCUAACACGCCGCCCGACCUGCGCCUGUCGCUUGGCAUGUGCGCGUCGGAUGACGUGCACAUGCCCAUCACCAAGACCUUUACCAUCGCAAACGCUGCGGAUACCAUCACCCUCGCCCCUCAAUCACAUUCCCAUUGCCAACUAUGUUGCUGCCCAUCAAACUGCAUGUGCAAGCAUGCAGGCGCAUCCCCAUCAACUUUGUUCACGCGUGAAAAUACAACAUCCACCCUUCGAUCACAUUCCCAUCGCCAUCGACGUAGCCACCCCCCCAUGCCUAUUUCUACAAGCCACUAUAGCCCUACCUCCGCUACCCUACUUCCGCUACCAGUUUCUUACGUUUGA